AUGGUGCAAUGUGGAAAUAUUAGGACACUUAUUUGCAAAACUGACGACAACUACAAUAUCUAUGAUGAUGAGUUGGACUCGCUGGGAUCCCUCAAAAAACCUCGAAAAAAGCUUCUUCUCUCCUCAGUCAUCAUAACUGUUUUAUUUGGAGCGGUUCUUCUUACAGUACUCCUCUUGACCAGAGACAAAACGCCAAAAGCCACGUAUGACAGAUCAAACGACCACAACCUUCAAAAUCUAAUAGAAGUUUCACCUGCUGCUCAAAAAUUACCGAAGAAAGGGAAACUGUUCUGUUGGGUUCAAACUUCAACAAUAUAUCAUGAUACGAGAUCGCUUGCAAUUAAUGAAACGUGGAUUCAUAGAUGUGAUCAUGGACAAUUAUUCACUUCCGAGAAGUUUAAUGAUUCACGGAUACCGUAUUCAACAGUAUUCGCUGGAAUUCCGGAUAAUUAUUACAAUUUGUUUUUCAAAAGUCGUUAUGCAUUCCAUCAUAUUUACACAAAUAUUUCCUCCGAAUUCGAUUGGUAUUUGAAGGCCGACGACGACACCUACAUCAUUGUUGAAAAUCUGAAGGCUUUCCUGUCAACUUUAAAUCCUGACGAGCCUCAUUAUCUUGGAUACGUUCUGAAGCCAUAUCUCACGAACGGAUAUAAUGCGGGUGGUGCAGGAUACAUCAUCUCGAGAGCUGCAUUGAAGAUUUUUGCAGAGAAGUUGUAUCCGAAUGCGACGUUAUGUCCCGAUGAUAUUUAUGAAGAUGUUGGAAUUGCAAGAUGCCUCGCGAACGCCGGAAUCUAUCCAGAAGACACCCGUAACUCACUUGGUCAGAACAGAUUCAACACGUUUUCUCCAACUGAAACAUUCCAUCAAUCGAAAGCUAGUAUCGAUUGGGUCAAAUAUUUGGAAAAAAGGGGUUACGAAGCAUUCGCCAACGAUCUCAUCUCGUUUCAUCACUUGUCACCAGAUGACAUUCGUCUUUUCGAUAUUCUUCUCUACCGAGUUGAUAGGAAAAAAGUCUAG